UCGGUUGUGUCCUGUCCUUCUCCUCCAGCAGCUGAGGCAGCAUCCGUGGCUCCCCGCAGAGGACAGCGGGUGUUUGGAGGACACAGGGCCCACCGAGGGAGGGGUCCUGGCCUGGGCACGGAUCCCGAAGAGGCCCCGGGGCCGCCGCUGGAUGGAGUCGGGCUGCAUUCAGACAGCAAUGGCUAUGGGUCUGACAUCGAAAAAGGCGUCUGCUCGGAGCGUCGGCGUGGAGCGAAAAAACCUCAUCACGGUUUGCAGAUUCUCUGUAAAGACUCUCCUAGAAAAGUACACCGCAGAGCCCAUAGAUGACUCAUCCGAGGAAUUUAUUAACUUUGCCUCCAUUUUAGAGCACAUCCUCAGCCACCGCUUCAAAGGUUCAGGAAGCUGGUUCAGUUCAGAUGGACAGCGCAGUUUCUGGGAAUAUAUCCGGCUGGCGUGCAGCAAGGUGCAGAACAACUGCAUCGCUAGCAUUGAAAACAUAGAGAACAUCAGUACAUCACGAGCCAAGGGCCGGGCGUGGAUUCGAGUGGCGCUGAUGGAGAAGCGCCUGUCUGAAUAUGUGUCCACUGCUCUGAGGGACACAAGAACAACCAGGAGGUUCUAUGACGAUGGAGCCAUUAUGCUGAGAGAGGAGGCCACAGUUCUGACCGGCAUGCUGAUCGGACUGAGUGCCAUUGAUUUCAGUUUUUGCUUGAAGGGGGAGACUCUGGACGGGAAAUCUCCAGCUGUGAUUGACUACACACCCUACCUGAAGUUCACGCAGAGUUAUGACUACCUGAGUGAUGAGGAGGACCGCCGCAGUGUAGACAGCAGUAACAGUGAGGAGAGUGUCCCAGAGCAUCCCUACAUCCCCCUGGUGACUGACGAGGAGAGCUGGAGCAACAAGUGUCGCAAGAUGGAGCAGAGGUUUAAGAUCGUCUACGCCCAGAAGGGUUACCUGGAGGAGCUGGUGCGUCUGCGGGAGUCACAGCUGAAGAACGUGGAGACUGAGAACAAGCGUCUGAGAGCCAAGGUGGAGGAGCUGACAGUGCAAGGCCAACAGGAGAAGAAGGAGCUGGAGGCCAUCGUGCUGGAGCUGCAGGCACAACUCUCUGCCCUCAUGCCCUGUGAUACCUCCCAUCUGGCUAAAGACCUCUCCAUCCCGCUGGUCAACCAGUGGUCCACCAUCACAAACAACCAAGGCGAUGUCAAACUGUUCCGCAGGAGGAGUUUCCACAGUUUGGAGCAGCUUUCUGCUGAAGUCAGUCUGAACUCUGACUCUCAGAAGACUGAAGAGAGACAGAACGGAGAUGCUGCCUGGACUUCAGCAGGAAAAGAUAACACUCCCUCCAUGCUGGGUCUGUGUGGCUCUCUGGCGUCUUUACCGAGCUCCAAGUCCCUGGCCAGCCUCAAGUCCAGCGAGUGUUUGGUCAACAUCAGCACUGAACCCAGCCCCGCGCUCUCUCCCAGCUAGGAGCUCCAAACCAACCACGACCGAGAUUUAACCCCCAGCCUGUCUGCCUGGUGAUGCUGCAUUGACCAUGCCCAAACACCUGACCGUAACCCCGCUCCCACCAUCCGUCCAGCCCCAUGAGAAGACAACGGGAAAAGUCAUGACACCAUCGUCUGGAUUUUUGUACACAUGAGAGUGAAGUCAUCAUUAAGCUGAAAAGAUCCAUCUAUUUUGGUUCUUUCCCUUCUCCUUGCCUUAUCCGCUCGACUACGCUCUCACACUCUCCCACCACCACUUUGUACUAUCUGUCGAUCUCUUCAUCCAAGAUCCUACAAUUCCUCUGUCGUACCUUCUCCAAAGCAUCAACUUAUUUCCUUCAAUUGUUUUCUCAUCUUGCUCCUUAUUUAUUUGAGUGUCAGUAUGCAUUAGUGCUCCUUUGGCCUGUACUUCCCCCCCUGUUUUCUUGUAACCAAAACAGCACUUGCAGCUCUUUGAAUGCAGUCACUAACAAAGAGAGAUGUGAUGAUCAUUUUAAGAGAUAAAGAUUAUCCAUAGGAAGUAGAGGAUGGGUUCUUACAUUCUGUCCUACUAGUGACAUAGCAGUGUGUUUUAUGAGUUUGACUGAAUGGUAUCUGAUGAUAUCAUUCCCGCUUGAGUCAUCAAACACCACAAACUGCUACAGUAUGUCUAAAUCUGUGCAGCUAUUUAUUUAUUCUAUCAAAUCUUAAGCUACCGCAUAUGUUAAUUUAUCUGAUUUAAGCCAAUACAGCAGUAUGUUCUUUUUACACAUACACAGCUCACUGGGUUGUUUUAUUUGUUUUUUGUUGCAAU